AUGUUUAAGGAAAAACUCCCUGAAAACACGGUUAAGUCUAGUUUUCCCAUCUUUCAUAACAAUAUUGUGAGCAUCAACCGCAACCUAGAAAAUGUAGAAUUGUUAUUAGAUGAACUUGAUUUCCACUUUGAUAUAAUUGGUAUCUCGGAAACAAAAAUUACAACUUCUAAUGAGAGUAACGCCCAUCCGUGCAUUCCAGGUUAUGUUUUUGAGCAUGUGCCAACACCACUGGCCUCCGGAGGCACUGGCCUCUUUGUUGAUCAAUCUCUAAACUACAACGUUCUUGCAAAAACUUCAGAUGAGGCAUUCCAAGCCCUCUGGGUUGAAAUCUCUUUUUUCAACCACUAA